AUGUCAGACCCAAAGGAUUACACCGUAGGUUGGAUCUGCGCAAUCAGUACGGAAUAUGUUGCAGCACAGGCUUUCUUGGAUGAGAAACAUGAUGGCCCAGAUCAUGUUGCUGCUGCUGACAAUAACGACUAUACCUUGGGUCGCAUGGGAAAGCAUAACGUGGUGAUUGCUGUUCUGCCGGAUGGAGAGUACGGCAUAUCUUCUGCCGCAAUCGUUGCAAAAGACAUGCUCCAUACUUUCACCAAUAUCAGAAUCGGAUUGAUGGUUGGAAUCGGAGGUGGUGCACCUACACCGAAAAAUGAUAUUCGCCUAGGCGACAUUGUGGUCAGUACUCCUCGCCAUGGCCAAAGUGGCGUUUUCCAAUAUGAUUUCGGCAAGACGAUACAAGACCGAUAUUUCCAGACAACUGGCUUUUUGAACCAACCGCCAGCUGUUCUACGGACAGCAGUCAGCGGGUUAAGAUCUUCACACGAACUUGAAGGUCACCAGAUUAAGGAAGCAAUUGACUCCGUCCUAGAGAAGAGACCCAGAUUAAGGAAGAAUUAUGUGCGACCCCCUCGCGGUCACGAUGUCCUGUAUCAAUCUACGAUGGUCCAUCAAAAUGAUUAUAAAGACUGCUUGAACGGCUGUGGCCAAGAUCCCAGGAGUUUAGUCUUGCGACCAGAGCGAACAGAGGACGAGGAUGAUAUAGUGAUACACUAUGGUCAAAUUGCGUCAGCAAAUCAAUUGAUGAAAGAUGCCCUUGUCAGAGACCAGAUUUCGAACGAACAUGAUGUCCUAUGCUUCGAGAUGGAAUCCGGGGGACUCAUGAAUAACUUCCCAUGCUUAGUCAUUCGUGGCAUCUGCGAUUACGCAGAUUCUCACAAGAACAAGGAGUGGCAAGGUUAUGCUGCUAUGGUGGCAGCUGCAUAUUCAAAGGACCUCCUUUGUCGAAUCGCGCCUACCAGAAUCGAGGCUGAGGUACAAGUCAUUGAUAUGCUGUCCGAUGUUCAAAGAGACGUUGGCGAGCUUCUACAAGCGCAACAAAAUGGAGAGUAUGAGGCUAUCUUGCAAUGGCUUACACCGAUCGAAUAUAUUUCUCAACAAAAUGACAAUUACAACAGGCGGCAACCAGGCACCAAUCAAUGGUUUCUCGAAUCGAAUGAGUUCCAGUUUUGGCUUGAGACUCGUGGGCAUACUCUUUUCUGUCAGGGUAUGCCAGGCGCGGGAAAGACUCUAUUAUCAGCAGCGGUUGUCAGAUAUUUACAGAAUGAACGUUGGAAUACUAUGCAAAUCGGAGUUGCGUACAUAUACUACAACUUUCGACGACAACAUGAGCAAAAUCCCACUGACGUAUUUGCGAGUCUACUAAAGCAGCUCGGUCAUGGACUAGACCCAUUUCCAACGAUUCUCAAAGAACUCUAUGAAGAACAUCGUCCGCAGGAGACACGACCUUCAUUUGAUGAGAUCUUCCUCGCCUUGCAGACUGUGUUGCAUUGUUAUACCAAGACCUUUAUAAUUAUCGAUGCUCUUGAUGAAUGCUCCGCUUCCAAUCAGGUUCGGCAGCAGUUUCUUGAGCAGAUAUUCAGACUUCAAGAGGCAAGCGGUACAAACCUCCUUGCCACUUCUCGAUUUUCACUUGAUGUUGAGAAGUCCUUCCAAGGGGAUAGGAUCUUACGCUUAGUGAUCCAGGCGAGUCAAGACGACUUGCAGAAAUAUUUGAAUGGCAAUCUGCGCAUAUUACCAUCAUUCGUAUCACGAAGUGAGGAACUCCAGCGGCAGGUCAAAAAUACUAUUGUCGAAGCUGUGGAUGGGAUGUUUCUUCUUGCCCAGCUACAUCUGGCCUCUUUGGUUGGGAAAAGAUCGCCCAAAGCGCUUGUUACGGCGCUAAACCAACUAUCGACGGGGUCAGAUGCUUACUACCAUGCCUACGACGAGUGUAUGGUAAGGAUUCGUGGUCAAGCUCCAGAUCUGAGUGUACUUGCUAUGCAAGCUCUCUCUUGGAUCACGUUUGCUAAGAGGCCGUUGACAACCACUGAACUACGACACGCCCUCGGUGUUGAAAUCGGGAAGGCGAAAUUUGAUGAGCGAAAUCUCUCUGAUAUUGAGGACAUUCAAUCUGCAUCUGCCGGAUUAGUGACGAUCGACGAUGAAAGCAGUAUUAUUCGAUUGGUGCAUUACACAACACAGCAAUACUUGGAACAAACCCAGGACACCUGGUUUCCAGACGCACACAACGACAUUAGCAAUACAUUGCUGACCUAUCUCACCUUCGAUAUCUUCAAAACUGGAACUUGCAGCAACCAAAAAGCGUACGCAAGUCGACUGAAAACGAACCCAUUGUACGAGUAUGCUGCUAAGAACUGGGGUCACCACGUCUGUGUCUCUCUUAAUGAGACUAUGCAGUCUGUAUUGUCAUUUUUCCGAAAUGAGAGCGCACUUUCAGCAUCUUGUCAAGUCUUGAUGUCCGAUUCCUACUGGGUGCAACAUUACAGUCUUCCGACUGGGAUGGGGAUGACUCCCAUGCACCUUGCUGCGUGGUUUGGGCUGGCGGCAAUCAUGAAACAGAUGCUUGAUGCUCAAGUCUCACCAAACCCGAAGAAUCAAGAUCAAGAGACGCCACUAUUCCUGGCGGUGAGGCACGCUAAAGAUGAUAUAGUGAAGCUCCUGGUAAGUCGACGUGACGUGGACGUGAAUUCACGCAAUGAGUACAAUAAGACACCAUUAUCUCACGCGGCAGAGCAUGGGUACAGCAACAUGGUACAACUGCUCAUGACGCGAUCUGAUCUGAAGGUCAAUGCCAGAGGCUACGACGGACUUACUCCACUCUCCCUAGCCAUUCAGGCGGCGAGCGAAGCAACUGUAAAGUUGUUACUCACGCACCCAGAUAUCGACCUAGACUGGGCAGCUUCGAACAACUACCCUGACCACUUGUAUUUUGCUUUCUCGUGGGGUCUGACACCCCUAGACAUGGCCAUCAGAGCUCAUGAUGCGAGUAUGAUCCGCAUACUAUUGGCACACACCGACGUCAUUUCACAGGCAGCGAAUAAGGCUUUGAGCGGAGCGCUCAGCACAGCCGUACAACUUAAGCACAUACCAGUGAUAAAAGAGUUGCUGAAGCGGCAUGAUCUGGAUCCCAAUGUCCCAGAUGAGGAAGGUAGAACUUCGUUGAUAUGGGCCGCCUUGGAGCAAGAGACUGAGAUUGUCAAUAUGCUCCUGGCGCACCCCCGAAUAUCCAUCGAUUCGGAACAGCCGCUGUUUGUGCAUCAUUAUACCACCAAUGGUGAUAGGGAUGACCGACUGGUGUUCGCAAUGUAUGCUGCGGAAAGUGGCCACAUGAAAGCUUUGGCAUUCGUUCUAGACCGACAUCCGGACGUCCUGCAUUGUAAGGAUAAAUCUGGCAAGACUCCGCUACAUCUGGCAGCGAUGUAUAAUCAUGUAGCGGCAGUCAAGCUGCUAAUUGAGCAAGCACGAGUUGAUGUGAACGUCAGCGAUGAUGAACACGGUCGCACACCACUUUCUUGGGCCGCGGGAGCGGGUCAUCUACUCGUUGUACAGGCUCUUCUGAGCUCAGGCGGUACAGAUCCGAACGCCGCCGACGUGCAACGCCGCACACCCUUGGCAUGGGCAGCGAAAAAAGGGUCCUUGGAUAUUGUGAAAAUUCUCCUAGACUGUGCAAACAUUGAUGUAAACCUAGAAGGCAUACUGGGUCAAGCACCACUGUCACAUGCGGCGGAAGAAGGUCACGAAGAAGUAGUCGAAGCGUUGUUGGCUCAUUCCGAUAUUGACAGCAGCGUGAACAUCAAGGAAACCGCGGACGGUCUCACCCCACUAUCCUUCGCUGCAAGGUAUGGACAUAUUGAAGUGGUGAAAGUGCUACUCACGUCAAAGUCUGUCGAUUUGGACAACCGAAGUCAUUCUGGCAUAACACCCUUAAUUUGGGCGGCGGGAGCCGGCCAUUGGGAGGUGGUUCAGCUGUUACUGCAACGUGGGGCCAAGCUGGAUCAACUUGAUAAUUCUGGAUGGACGGCUCUCACUUGGGCGGAGAAUAAUCAUUUUCCAAAGGUCGUGGAAUUGCUUCGAUCAUGUCCGAUGCAGAAUGAUCAGACAGUUUCCGGAUAUUGA